UUAUAAUCAUUGUUGAUAUUGUUAUAACCUUUUGCUGCUAAUAAGUAGACAGUUUUAAGAUCUAUCAACUCUUUGGUCUAGAAGUAAGGUAGAAAUUAAAUCAUUAAAAACUGAAUCAUCAAGUGAUGAGCAGUGAAGUUCCUGGCCACUACCAUUUAGUGUGGUUAAAUUCCUGUCUACAAGAGACACUCCUACCAGGCUCUUCUUGGACUAAGGCCACCCAAGACAAACCAGAUCUCUCAGAUUCUAACAAAGAAGAAGCAGAAGCAUGGCUGAAAACAGCACUUCAUGAGAUCACAGGAAGUCUUGGGUUACACUGGAGAGAGAGCAGAGAUGCUGUGUCUAGGGAUAUGUUGGAGUUUGUUGGGUUUGCUCAGCAAACAGUGCAUAGAGGAAUGGAGAGGGAAUUGGCAGCAACAGAACAGAAGGUUGCUCAUGAUCAAGAAAAGGGUUUAUCAAACAAUCAACAGCCAAGUCUCCUUGGAUGCAGCCACCAAAGUGAAACUCUUGGCAAAGCUGUGGCUGCCCUCCUCAAAAAACACCCCUCUCAGCUGGGCUGUAUCUGUGAACAACUCCAAGGACGACCAUUGACUAAUUCCCUGAGACACCUGAUUUGGUCUAUGAACCUACAGAGGAAUAAUCUAGACAGUGUAAACUCCCACAAGGACUUAGAAAUUGAAAUGGAAGAAAUAAGAUCUCAGUUUGAAGUGACUCUUUCUUGGGGUUUAAAAGAACUGGGUGUGUCAAGCACAGUUCACUCCCCCAUAGCAGGGGUGGUAGAAAAUGCUGUCUCUGAGGCAUACAAAUACAGACAUGGUUUUCACAGUGAAUUGGUCACUGAGAUGCAAAUAAAGCUAGCGGUGGAAGCCUUGAAUGUGCUGUAUGUCUACAAUAGGAGUUAUGAACCUCAGUAUGCCUUGCUUGUGUAUCCACUGAUUGUUAGUGCUCUGAAUGAAUACAAAGAUGCAGGAAAUUCCUCUCAAGAUGUGGCUCACAAACUUGCAAUAUCCCUGCACCUUUUGCUCAAAAAUUGUUUCCCAACAAGGCUGAAAAUCUUCAGCAUGGCUGAUCAUGUCAUGCAAAGACUGCAACAUGAAGAUGAGGAGCUGUACAAUCACCUAACUCGUGAAACACUAAAGAAUCUGUCUUCUAACCCAAGAGAAUUCCUGGUGAAUUUUAUUCACACAGAGAAAGAGAAGGCCAUGUUGGCCGAAAGACAGGCAGUGGGAACUUCAUCUGAAUCAUUGCCAUCUGAUGCUAAGGAGCUGCUGUCCCACCCUGUUAUGUUUAUAAGGAAAUGGAUAGCGGAGGGUUUUGUGGGCAUUCUAGGAGUCCAUGCUGUCAUGCUUGUGUGGGAUCAGUGCUUCCUGAGUAACUGGAAGCAUAAUGUGAUGGAGAACACAUGUCUUGUCAUUCUCCAGCUCUUGAGAGUACACAUUUUAGAAGCUGAGGGCUACAUUGGCAUCAGAAAGAGUUUGUUGGAUCAACCAUCUGAGUUGUUUACUGUAGAUGUUCAGAAAGGACUGUCAUACCUGCACAAUGGAGGAGCAUUAAUUGAUGUUGGAUCACUCAGACAGCCCACACCCGUCCCAUCACCCUCAGAGCAUGGUGAAACUGUACCUAGCCCAAUACCAUCUGCAUCUGAAUCUAGUCAGUCAUCACUAACCAGACCAAUCAGUAGACGUUCUACACCCAGGACACCUUUCCAGGCUGAUCCUGUGGAAUUAUGGGUUGAGGCCAAAGCGACAUCAUCACCGAUGGAAGAGACUACUAACUAUGAUUCAUUUGAUGUGUAUAUUGAUGAAGUGAGGUUUUUACCUGACAAUGCUACUAUCAUAAAGGUUACUGGUAGUAUUUUGGGACCUUUUUGGAAGACACCUGAGACUUUGGAGAUCUCACCCGUUGAGGCAUUUCCAAUGCUAGAUUCAUCAGCAAGAUGUCCUAAAUUUCAUUAUAAGUACACUGUAAAUGCCCCUGCAAGUGGCAUUCCAGAAGAAGUUAUGUUACUGCUGAGAAUCUACACACUAGAUGUGAACAGUGGAGAUUUGAUUGUCAUUGGAAACAGCAUAAUCAGGAUUUUCACUGAAAAAGACAAUGAGUGGCAUCUUAAUGUCGGAGGACAUCAGCUCCCCUUGAAACAUAUUCUUCCAUCCACUGUGGCCAGACUUACGGAAGAGUCUUUUGAUGGCAUAACAAAGGUUCCUGUCUGUUCAGUUCUCAUCAGGCUCUUGCCUCAUUCAGAGGUGUUCAUUGAGGCCCCUGGUUAUGCAAGUGGAUUCUAUGUCAGUGAUUGUUGUAAACCCAAUGAAUCAGAGAGGUGUAUAUUCAGAAGGUUCCAAGGCUAUCAUGCUUAUCCCCCAACAGUAAGGGAGGCUGUGCGUGACAUCAAAGAAGAGGAAGCAAAUCAAGAUACAGAAGAGUUUGACCUCGCAAAUGAUCAAGUUGUCACUCAGUGGUAUCAACGAAGGACAAGCAAACACAUUUUGAUGAGGGAGCCACCCAAGGCAAUGGACCUGAUCAAAGUUGUGCAAUAUGACCAGAAACAGUAUGUGAAUGCUGGAGUGCACUAUUUACCCCUCUUUGAAGGGACUCCAAGUGCAACUUUUCUAGAAUUUGUAUCCAAUCAUUCAGUGGAGACAAGUUUGCAGGAAGCAAUCAAGCAAAAUAUACACAAUUUGUUGGGUACCUCCUGUGUGGCUGUUCGACUUUGGGAUGCACAUUACUCCCCAGAUGAAUGCAUUCCUUUACCAGUUAAGGAAGAACUUUUAUCUCUUGGAAGACAAGAGAGAUACUGGAGAACAAUUCAGACCACUUCAGGGAAGUUAAUCUCUGAUAUAGUAUUACAGACUCUCACCCGGCAGGAACGGAAACAAGGUGUGGCAGGGAGUCGGUACAUUGCUGAGAAGGAAAACUAUGAAGAGGCUAUGAACAGUGCAUUCAAUAACCUUUUGGUUGAUGUUCUUCUGCAGAGUGGCCUGGGGCCAUUGACAUGAUGGUGAAAGAGGGUCUGAGUUUUUCAGUGAUGAUAAUUAAAGUUGGUUCGACAUAAUGGAGAGAAUGUAGUCCAUCUUGCAGUUCUAGAUUUUUUCUUCAUUAUUUAUUUUUUGAACUCUGUACAAAGCACUGGUAUACUAAAUGAGAAUUGUUUUUGUACAUAAGACUACCUGAAGAUAGAUAAGCAAAAAAUUGUACAGACUUGGUGAUAACUUUUAUUUUUUUAAUUUAAUACUAAGCAAUAAAAUUGCUAGUGAAUCCAGA